CCGUGAGGACGUUUCCCAAGUAGGGGGCAGCGAACCGGCUUUGCGCCUCUUGGUGAAUCCGACGGAUCUGCGCAGACGUAUUAGCGCCAGGAUGGCAGCCUUCCUCGAGCCCACGCUGCCGGAGGAGGAGAGGGAGUUUCACAGGGCGAUGGCUUCCAUCGGAGGUAAAGAGCGGAUCUAUUUGGUCAGUGACGCCUGUACGACUAAAGAGGAGGACGGGGACGCGGCAGUGUUGCAGGAGUUUAUCCGGGAAAUGUUUCCCGACAGCAGCGGACGGACCCAAACCGACCAGAUCGUCAAGGGGGAAACGUCCAUUUGCGUCACGCAAACGGAGACCGCAAAACGCCAUGAAACCCCUCUGCCCAAGGAUUCCGGUGUGAGAGCCCUCCCGGCGGAAGAGGACGGGGACAAGGAGAAGCGGUCAAAGCGCGAUGGCACCGCGCAGAGAACAGCAACAAGGGCGAACAUUUACAGCCGAAAGCGAACCAUAGACUCUCCCGUUAUCAUAUUCAUCUUCAGACAGACAUUUAUCGACCGACCAGCCAACGAGGUGUGCUUAAAAGAGACUCUGAAGGACGUGAAGGCUCGGACGAAACGCGCCCGAAUCGCCCGACCAGCUCUGAUUGGAUUAAUACGCACAAGGUUGGAGAGCGCCGAGACGCGUCAGUGUGCGCAACUCCUAGAGCGCCACAUCCGCUCAGUGUUCCACAAACAUUCACCAGAGACUAUAUGGGUUGGCAGUUUCAUCCCGCAGACAGAGGGCAACACGCUCAGCAUCAAGAAAAACGCCUGCAAAGUUAUACUCUCAUCUCAAACAGCAGAUAAUACCCGGAAUCGAGGGAACCAGCUUUUCUGGCCAUUCCAAUGUUUGCUCCGGGCCCAGAGAGGAGGCCGGGACACCAACUCCUCAAUCAGCAGGCAACGAGGUGACACUGGAAGUAAAGAAGAAGGCAUCCCUCUGAAAAUCAGUUUGUUGUCAGCUGGUCCUCAUGCGAAUGGAGACUCUGUUGAAGGAGACAGCUGAUUUCAGAACACAUGGCCUGCAGACAAUUCUGUUUUAACUGUGAAGAAAGGGUUCGUCUUGUGGUGCAAAAAGCCUGACUACAUGUGACAGUGUUUCUGUGUAUUGUUCAAUAUUCCCACUAAGCAAUCAGGAUUCUUAUUCUGAAGAUGUAUUUUGCUAGUCACGUUGUUUUGAAUGUACAAGGGUAAAACAUACCGACUGAACUAUUUUUAUAUGAACGCUAUACCACAUUAUUUAACACAAACAUUCAGGCCUAGAGAGAGAAAUUUGUCUGAUAUUUUAGUUGAUGUUCAUGUUAAACCUCAGUAUGGCUAGUGUAAAGCAAAAGUAGUCCUACAGGGCUGAAUGGUGAAUUGCUCAUUGUGUGUCAUUUGGAAUAUACAUCACCAAAGCAUAACAUCAACAUAAUCAUAAUAAGGGUCUUAAGUGAGGUCCUGCUUUAUUAAUAGGGGCCAAACAGCUCAUGGAUUUCAGUCCAGCGAGUACUGUGAAUCUUUUUCAUGCUAAUGUAUUAGAAUUAAGUGCCUUAGAUGAGUUCUACUGACAAAUGCAUUAUCUGCCAAUAGAAGUGGAUGAAGCCACGUUUCACUUUGGAUGUGUUCAUGUAGGUUAUUAAUUUGUAAAUAAACACUUAUAAGCUUU